UUUAAAAAAUAUCUGGCAACCAAGCUACCAAACCAAAACAAAAUUGCAAAUUUGUUGUUUCCGCCUGUUUCCGCAAGCUCCAGUCUGGUGAAGAUGGUUCCUUGAAUUUUAGAGUAUUAGAACUUUAUACAUAAUGGACAAAUUAACCACUAUUAGUGCGGCAUUAUUUAUGGCAGCCGAUGUUUGCGCCAUAGUGAGCCUCGCAAUGCCCGAUUGGAUUGUGACCAGUGUGGGUGGAGAAACACGGCUCGGUUUGAUGUGGACAUGCAUGACACUGUAUAAUCGACCACAGGUCUGCUUUACCCCUGAACUACAACCGGAAUGGCUGGUGGCCCUCAUUUGCAUCUUUGUGGGAUGCAUUUGUAUCACUACCACAAUUAUACUUCUCGCUUCCAGCAAUUGGGAUCGGAAUGUUAUUCCCUAUGCAAGAUGGGUUGGAUUCACAGCGAUGGUUCUUUUCUGUCUUGCUGCCGUGAUAUUUCCCCUUGGUUUCUACGUGGAUGAAAUCGGAGGACAACCGUAUAAUUUGCCCCACUCACAUCAAGUUGGAAUCUCAUACAUAAUGUUCGAAAUAGCUCUCUGGAUAACGAUGAUCUCGGAAUUGUUUGCGGAGAAGGUGUGCUUGCCGCAGUUUUAAAACUCUAAUGUAAUUUCAAGCCUCGAUCUGUAACUUUAACUUAAGGAAUUGAUCCUAUUUUGUUUAUUCCAUUUUAUUGAUAAGUAUUCCUAGAAACUAAUAUAUGAGAUAGAGAUAAAAAUAGUUCGCAUCGUUCUGUUUUAUUUUCUAUAC